AACAUAACGGAUCUAUAUAUAAACGUUUCAUACCUACAAAUUAUUGAAUGCUUGUUCAAUUUGUUAUAUAUAUAUCUAGAGAAAAGUGAGAUCUUCAAUAUCAUUCAUAUUUCAUACCCUUUUUUGUUUUUUUCUUCUUCUUAAUACAAAAAACAUUUCUAGACAUUUUGUUCCAAAAAAAAUAUCUCUAGAAAUGAAUGUUAAAGGAAUAAUGGGUGGUGAUGGAACAAAAAACAUAAAGUGGAUGGUUAAGGAUAAUAAGAGUAAUUCAAUAUCAUCCAUUGGAACAUUUUCAGAAGAUUCAAUAAGCUCUUGUUCAUCAGAGUUGAUAGAUGAUGCUGAUUCAUUUGGAACAUCUUCAUCAUCAUCACAUUCAAAUGGAUCUUUAUGUGACUUAUCUGAGCUCAUGAAUAAUCUCCCUAUAAAGAGAGGUUUGUCUAUGUUUUAUGAAGGGAAGACUCAAUCUUUCACAUCUUUAGCUGAGGUUGAAAAUAUUGAAGAUCUUCCAAAGAAAAGCAUACCUUGCAAUAAGAGAAUGAAAUCAUGUAGAAGUUAUGGGGGAGGUUUGGAUAGCAAUAGAAUAUGGUAUAGUCCAAAGGCUACAAUAUCAAAAAAGGCUUUAAGAAGACCUUUUUCAUCUGUAUUAGAUAAGAGAAAUAGUUUCCUACAAGGGUCUAGGCCUUCCAUUGUUGUACACAAGAACUUUUGAAAUCUAACUAAUUAGAUAUAGCUUUAACUUCAAGGGUCUAGAUUUUAUUUUAUCUCACACCUUCGGCUUACUUAAAGUCAAGCCAUAUAUGUUUGGUUACAAGUUUAGAACAAUCACAUUUGAUUCUCAGGUAAAA